GCUGUAAAAAUCAUCAUUUUCCACCUUGUUGCGAAGUACUAUUUUUACUUUUGACUUACAUAUAACCAAAGGCGCUAUCCAUUCAUUUGAGUUCCAUGACAAGAAAUUGCAAGAACUGUUUGAUUUUGACCGUUCUUUUAUGCUAAGUAAGCCGUGCUUACAUUCCUAAUCAACAUUGCUUGACACUCAUUUUGUAACAAACCGUUGUUGUCCAUUGUUUCUAGUAAAAAUGACUUUUAUUGCACAAAAUACCUUUCUAUGGCAAAAAUUAGCCGUUGAACUAAAUUUAUCUGUUACCGUAGAUGAGGUAGUGAAAUUUCUACACCAAGGUGUCAAUAUUCUGUAUCUACAGUGUGGAUUGCACACAAAGCAAGAGAACGAACAUUUGCUGGAUAUGGCGAACCAAGCGAUUGCGACUUAUGCCACGGAAAUGGACCUCAGGAAACCUGCAAUUGGUGUCGCGUGCGAACUGAGUGGUAAAAGUUGUCGCUUGAAGUUCGAUCGGAAAUCGGGCCCCAUUGAGGUGGUUCCAGGACAGAAGAUUUUUCUCACAUCUGAUACAAAGUAUGAGGACAGAAAAGUUGAUUCCAUAAUAUACGUAACGAAUUUUGAGAAGCAAUUGAAUAUUUUGAAUCCUGGUGACGUAUUGGGUAUAAAUGAAGUGAAGAUGAAAAUAUGCAAAAUUAAAGGCAAAUUUAUGCAGUGCUGCGUAACAAGUAAUAUUAGUUCUUCGUCACUGUAUCCUUUCGAUCGCAUAGCAAACAUUCGUUUGGACAAAAGCCCCAAGUUGACCGAUACUGACACAGAAGAGUGUCUACUAGCAGUGAGGAAAAAUUGUCACUACAUUGUCAUACCGGAAGUGGAAAAUCACAUUCUAAUUCAUGCGUUGGAUGAGUUAAUGCAGUUUCAUUCGAAUGGUGAUCAAAUAAUUCGAACAAUCGCUAGACUUACAUCCGCUGGUAAUGAUCCAUGUAUCAGACACAAUAUCCAACAUGUUGCUGGAUGUGUUACACAAGACGUCGAUGUCGUGAAGCAAUGUAAAGAAUGUUGUAAAGUAGUUCUGUUUGAAAUCUCAAGCUUGAAUGAACUGCCCAAGGAGGAAGUGUAUCGUCAAGUUGAUGUCUUCAUUACCAAGCCGGAUAUAAUCGAAACCCUGCAAUUUCGUCUUAAAGAAUUGAAUCAAGCAACACUUCGUACAUUGAAGCCAUCCAACUAUUCACUGCAGCUAGAACAAGGACAACGUGUUCUAUGUCAGUGCAUUGAAUAUGCCAGCACCAACUGCCAAGCCAAUGCCGUCAUCUUUUGCACUCCGAAAGCUCUAUGCGAAGCGGAAAAAUUCUCCCGAAGGUGUUUACCCUGUCCGGUACUGGUCACAACCGACAACGAAGAUGCAAUGUACUACCUUUUGCUUCGAAAGUAUUGCUUCCCAAUUUUAGUCUGUGGUGCAAGGUCGAAACGACAUCUCAUCAAAUGCGCCACUAUCUAUGGACGUAAGUUCGGUUUUUUGAAACCGGGUAACUUCGUUGUUACUGGAUUCGGCGAGCACUUUGUGCAAGGAAUGGAACUGAGGUACGUUCCGGAUGAUUUUGUUUCCGGAGCCCAAUAAAACUAUGGCUCUUCAAAAUCCA